AUGUCAUUAAUAUAUUCAUGUGAUAACAAAGAAAAUGACUCAAUUGAAAUAGAAAAAAAAUAUGAAAAGUUUAUGAAAGAGUGUAAUAUAAAAAAAUUGGUCAAUGCAAAAGAUUUUUUGAAAAACAUUCAAGUUUUUUUUUUUGAUUGUGAUGGUGUUUUAUGGCACGGGGAUGUAUUAAUGAAAGGAGCAAUUGAAGUAAUUCAUAAUUUAUUAAGAGAAGGAAAAAGAGUAUAUUUUAUAACAAAUAACUCAACAAAAUCAAGGGAAAAUUUUUUAGAAAAGUUUCGUAAACUAGGUUUUACUUUUAUUAAAAGAGAAAAUAUCCUUUGUACAUCGUAUGCAAUCUCGAAAUAUUUUCAUAAUAAAGAAGAAUAUGCUUCUAAAAAAAAAAAAAUUUAUGUAAUUGGGGAAAAAGGAAUAUGUGAUGAGUUAGAUUCUCUUAACCUUGAGUGGGUAGGCGGCUAUCAUGAUAAUGACAAAAAGGUUAUUAUAAGAGAUGAUUUUGAAAUAAAAGUUGAUGAAAACAUUGGAGCAGUUGUAGUUGGAAUGGAUUUUAAUAUUAAUUAUUACAAAAUUCAAUAUGCACAGUUGUGUAUAAAUGAAUUGGAUGCUGAAUUUAUUGCAUCUAAUAGAGAUUCUACAGGAAAUUUUACUUCUAAACAAAAAUGGGCAGGAACAGGUUCUAUUGUUUCAUGUAUUGAAACCGUAGCUCUUAAAAAGCCGAAAGUUUUAGGUAAACCUAACAUAUAUAUGAUUGAAGAUAUAUUAAAAGAUUUGAAAGUUGAUAAAUCAAAAGUUGUUAUGAUAGGAGAUAGAUUAGAUACAGAUAUUAUCUUUGCAAAAAAUUGCAAAAUUAAUUCUAUUUUAGUAUUUACAGGAGUAACUGACGAAAAUAUAUAUCUAAAUCAUAAUCAUUUAAACAUUAAACCAGAUUACUUUAUGAAAUCUAUAUCAGAACUUUUAUAA